CCAUAUCCUAAGCCUGCGAGAGGAACGGUCACCAGCAUCAGCCUAACUAAAUAUAUCAGGAACGCAAGCAUCUUGCGCAGCGCUGGAUAAUGAAACGCAGCUAUAAUGGGUGUAUAUAACAAAAAAGGAACUAUUAAAAACUUAACCGUCAGUCUUUUUUGAUUUUUGCUGCUGGUUGUAGACGUCAUUGGAGAAUUGGCAUCGUGCAGGAUUUCUAUGCUGUUUUAGUCGUCUACGUGUGGAUAUAUAUCGGAGAACAUUCUGUGGGUUUAAAUCACAACAGCUUCAACCAUGUCUGGCGCCUCCGUGAAAGUGGCUGUCAGAGUGCGGCCCUUCAACUCAAGAGAGACCAGCAAAGAAUCAAAAUGCAUAAUACAGAUGCAAGGGAACUCCACCACUAUUUUGAACCCCAAGAACCCAAAGGAACCACCAAAAUCCUUCAGCUUCGACUACUCGUACUGGUCUCACACCUCACCGGACGACCCCAGCUUUGCGUCACAAAGCCUUGUGUUCAAUGACAUCGGGAAGGAGAUGUUGCAGCAUGCUUUUGAGGGAUAUAACGUCUGUAUUUUCGCCUACGGCCAGACCGGAGCUGGCAAGUCCUACACCAUGAUGGGAAAGCAAGAGGAAGGACAGGAAGGCAUUAUUCCUCAGCUCUGUGAAGACCUCUUUGAGAAAAUCAAUGACAAUAACAACGAGGAGAUCUCGUACUCGGUGGAGGUGGCUUAUAUGGAGAUAUACUGUGAGCGGGUGAGGGACCUGCUAAACCCUAAGAAUAAAGGGAACCUGCGUGUCAGGGAACAUCCUCUACUUGGGCCGUAUGUUGAAGACCUCUCAAAACUGGCUGUCACCUCUUACACAGACAUAGCUGACCUCAUGGAUGCUGGUAACAAAGCCAGAACUGUUGCCGCCACCAACAUGAAUGAGACGAGCAGCCGCUCUCAUGCAGUCUUCACUAUCGUUUUCACCCAGAGGAAGUAUGACAGCGAGACAGACCUGUCUACAGAGAAGGUCAGCAAAAUCAGCCUGGUGGAUCUGGCAGGAAGUGAGCGUGCUGACUCAACAGGGGCCAAAGGAACCAGACUGAAGGAGGGAGCAAACAUCAAUAAAUCUUUAACUACACUAGGAAAGGUUAUUUCAGCGCUGGCUGAGGUGAGCAAGAAGAAAAAGAAGACAGACUUCAUUCCUUACCGAGACUCAGUUUUGACAUGGCUGCUAAGAGAGAAUUUAGGAGGGAACUCGAGGACAGCUAUGGUGGCCGCCCUGAGUCCUGCUGACAUUAACUAUGAUGAAACUCUUAGCACACUCCGAUAUGCAGACAGAGCCAAGCAGAUUAAGUGCAAUGCAGUCAUCAACGAGGACCCCAACGCCAAACUGGUGCGGGAGCUGAAGGACGAGGUGACGCGUCUAAAGGAGCUGCUCCAUGCCCAGGGCCUUGGGGACAUUCUGGACACACCUAUGGGCUGCCUGACAGCCUCUCCGUCCUUAGGCUCUCUGUGCAGCCAGGCAGGGCUCCAGUCCGUCUCAAGCAUCCAGGAGCGCAUCAUGUCCACGCCGGGCGGAGAAGAGGCCAUCGAGAGGCUGAAGGAGUCAGAGAAGAUCAUAGCCGAGCUGAAUGAGACCUGGGAGGAGAAGCUGAGGAAGACUGAGGCCAUCCGUAUGGAGAGAGAGGCGCUGCUGGCAGAGAUGGGAGUGGCCAUACGGGAGGAUGGGGGAACCCUGGGUGUCUUCUCUCCUAAAAAGACCCCUCACCUAGUGAACCUGAACGAGGAUCCUUUGAUGUCAGAAUGUCUGCUUUAUUACAUCAAAGAUGGAAUAACAAGCGAAAGAAGACAGGAUAUCGUUCUAAGCGGAGCUCACAUCAAAGAGGAGCACUGUGUCUUCCGCAGUGAGAGGAAUGCCAACGGAGAUGUGAUUGUCAAGUUGGAGCCAUGUGAAGGGUCCGAAACAUAUGUGAAUGGAAAACGUGUGACUUCUGCAGUCCAACUGCGCUCAGGUAACCGCAUUAUCAUGGGAAAGAACCACGUGUUCCGGUUUAACCACCCUGAGCAGGCUCGCGCUGAGCGUGAGAAGACCCCGACAGCAGAGACACCCAUAGAGCCAGUGGACUGGACCUUUGCCCAAAGAGAACUGCUGGAGAAACAGGGUAUCGACAUGAAGCAAGAGAUGGAGAAAAGGCUUACAGAAAUGGAGAUCCUGUACAAAAAAGAGAAGGAAGAAGCGGACCAGCUGCUUGAGCAACAGAGACUGGUAUAUGAGAGUAAACUGCAAGAGCUGCAGAAACAGGUGGAGACUCGCUCACUGACUGCAGAGACCCCAGAUGAAGAGGAAGAUGAAGAGGAAGAGGAUGAAGUGCCCUGGACCCAGCAUGAGUAUGAAUUGGCCCAGUGGGCUUUCAGGAAGUGGAGAUAUCACCAGUUCACCUCCCUCAGAGACCAGCUGUGGGGCAAUGCUGUGUACCUCAAAGAAGCCAAUGCCAUCAGUGUGGAGCUCAAGAAAAAGGUCCAGUUCCAGUUUGUCUUACUCACGGACACCCUCUACUCUCCGCUGCCCCCGGAGCUGCUGCCCCCAGAACCAGAGAAAGAGCGUGACACUAGGGCUUUCCCUCGAACAGUGGUGGCUGUGGAGGUUCAGGACUUGAAGAACGGAGCCACUCACUAUUGGUCCCUGGAGAAACUUAAACAGAGGCUGGACCAGAUGCGAGAGAUGUAUGACCGUGCAGGCGAGAUGGCCUCGUCCAAUCCGAGUGAGGAUGUGGAGGGUGCUUUGACCGGCAGUGACCCGUUCUAUGACCGCUUCCAUUGGUUCAAGCUGGUUGGGAGCUCACCUAUUUUUCACGGCUGUGUGAACGAGCGUCUGGCCGACCGCACUCCCUCACCCACCUUCUCCACCACCGAUUCUGAGAUCACUGAGCUGGCCGACGAACGGCAGAGCGAGAUGGAGGAUUUCAUGGAUGACGAGGCUUUUGUGGACGACACCAGCUCAGACGCUGGGACCGAGGAAGGCUCUGACAUCUUCAGCGAUGGGCAGGACCCCUUCUAUGACCGUUCCCCAUGGUUCAUCCUGGUGGGCAGAGCCUUCGUGUACCUGAGUAACCUGCUGUACCCUGUGCCUCUGGUGCACCGUGUCGCUAUAGUAACAGAGAAGGGAGAAGUGCGAGGAUUCCUGCGAGUGGGGGUCCAAGCCAUCGCUGCUGACGAAGAGGCUCCUGAUUAUGGAUCUGGUGUGCGUCAGUCGGGCACUGCUAAGAUUUCCUUCGACAAUGAGUAUUUUAAAAAGAGUGAUUUCUCCUCCGUGGUCAUGACCCGCUCUGGCCUCUCUUUGGAAGAGCUGCGUAUUGUGGAAGGUCAAGGUCAGAGUUCGGAGGUCAUCACCCCUUCAGAAGAGAUGAACAGAAUAAAUUACAUGGACUUGAAGCUUGGGAACGUGGACACAAAACUGGGUGACGGUUUGGCAGAGCAUCUGGAAGUGGGCAGUAUUUUCACUUUCCGCAUCACUGUUCUGCAGGCGAGCAGCGUCCCGCCCGAGUACGCAGAUAUCUUCUGCCAAUUCAAUUUCCUCCAUCGUCACGAUGAGGCGUUCAGCACAGAGCCCCUGAAGAACACAGGCAAAGGUGCCCCGCUGGGCUUUUACCACGUACAGAAUAUCUCAGUGGAGGUGACAGAGUCUUUUAUUGAGUACAUAGAGACCAAGCCAAUUGUGUUUGAAGUGUUUGGCCAUUACCAACAGCACCCACUGCACAUUCAUGGACAGGAAGUGGUCAGCCCUUCUCAGCCUUCUAGAAAGUACUACCCCCCACCUAUGCCUUUGUCUAAACCAGUGCCAGCCACCAAACUGAACACCAUUACCAAGUCUAACCUGGGUCAGUGUGUGAGCAAGUAUGACCUGCUGGCCUGGUUCGAGAUCAGUGAACUGGAGCCCACUGGAGAUUAUAUCCCAGCAGUAGUAGAUCACACAGGAGGUCUUCCCUGUCAUGGCACGUACCUUUUGCACCAGGGCAUUCAGCGUAGAAUAACAGUCACUCUGAUCCAUGAGAACGGCUGUGAGCUGCACUGGAAGGACGUCAGAGAGCUGGUGGUUGGUCGAAUUAGGAAUAAGCCAGAAGUGGAUGAUUCGGCUGCAGACGCAGUCCUGUCUCUCAACAUCAUCUCGGCUAAAAACCUGAAAUCUUCUCACAACUCCAGCAGGACGUUCUACCGAUUCGAGGCUGUCUGGGACAGCUCCCUGCACAACUCUCUCCUGCUGAACCGUGUCACUCCCUACGGAGAGAAGAUUUUCAUGACCCUGUCAGCUUAUCUUGAGCUUGAUCACUGCAUCCAGCCUGCCAUCAUUACCAAGGACAUCUGCAUGGUCUUCUACUCCAGAGAUGCUAAGAUCUCUCCUCCACGCUCCCUGAGGAACCUGUUCGGCAGUGGCUACUCCAAAACCCCCGACUGUAAUAAAGUGACUGGAAUUUAUGAGCUAAGCUUAUGCAAAAUAGCUGACACAGGAAGCCCAGGUAUGCAGCGACGGAGACGGAAGGUUCUGGAUACAUCUGUGGCGUAUGUGCGUGGAGAGGAGAACCUGGCCGGUUGGAGACCCAGAGGAGACAGUCUGAUCCUGGAGCACCAGUGGGAGCUGGAGAAACUCGAGCAGUUGCAUGAGGUGGAGAAGACACGUCACCUGCUGCUGCUCCGUGAGAAACUGGGUGAGACGGCUCCUCCUAAAUCCCUGAGUGACUCCCUGUCUCCCAGUCUGAGCAGCGGCACCCUCAGCACCUCCACCAGCAUCUCCUCCCAGAUCUCCUCCACCACCUUUGAGAGCGCCAUCACGCCCAGUGAGAGCAGCGGAUACGACUCCACAGACAUCGAGAGCUUGGUAGACCGCGAGAAGGAGCUGGCCACUAAGUGUCUCCGUCUCCUGACACACACUUUCAACAGUGAAUACAACCAGAUGUAUAACAGCAUCAGUGACUGCAAGUUGUCGGAUAUCUCUCCUAUGGGCCGUGAUCCAUCUGUCACCAGUUUCAGCAGUGCUACUCUCACACCCUCCUCCACCUGCCCCUCUCUGUCAGACUCUCGGACCCCUGAAGCUAACUCUCGUGCCACCAGCCCCUCAUGCUCAGACUAUGAGAACUUCCCCAUGGUGCCCAUUCUGGAAACGUCCUACCUGGCCCGCGCCGGCAAACACGAGUUCCUCAACCUUGUGCCUGAUAUUGAGGAAAUGAGACCUGGGUCUGUGGUAUCUAAGAAGGGAUUCCUCAGUUUCAUGGAGCCCCGCUCCAACUCCUGGGUGAAGCACUUUGUGGUGGUUCGUCGGCCAUACGUGUUCAUCUACAACAACGACAAGGACCCAGUAGAGAGGGGAGUGCUGAAUUUAUCCACUGCCCAGGUAGAAUACAGUGAAGACCAGCAGGCCAUGCUCAAGACGCCUAAUACAUUCGCCGUGUGCACCAAGCACAGAGGGAUCCUCCUCCAGGCCAACAAUGACAAAGACAUGAACGACUGGCUGUAUGCCUUUAACCCACUGCUAGCAGGAACAAUAAGGUCAAAGCUGGCGAGGAGACGGUGCAGUCUGAUGAAGAACUGACCGAGCGUGCACACGCAGAGAUAGUGCUCACUUCUCGCUCUACCUUUACAACGUACCAAGUGUUUUAACACUUCUAAAUCUUUGUGGUUCUUGACGGUUUCUCUUGUAUGUAGACCUGUGGCUCUGUUCUCCUCUCCAGCAAAUGAACUUUCAGUUCCUAAACCCCAGCUGUCCCCUUCCUCCUCCUCCUCCUCCUCCCCUCUCUAUUGUGUUAUUGAUUGGAUUUAUUCUGUCUUCAGUUUUGUUCUGUCAUAACUGAACCUCCUUCAAGUAGCAUGUUGUAAUAGUCUGUUUGUGCGUGCACGAAUCUUCAGAGCAGGUUCUGCUUUCUCUUGAGUUACUCUCGUCUGGAAACUUCAUCCUUACAGUGUUGUCUGCCAGGAACAUCUUACCCUCAGGAGAAAGUUGGUUUGCUAUAAAAACCCCCAUUGAGUAAAAAUAUAUAUAUUAAUAAUAAUAAUAUAAAUAAUAUCUAAAAUAUUCCGUAUUUAAUUAUCACAAAUCAACUUUCUCUAUAACACAAAAACAAAUAGCUUUGCUCCAGAUAUUGCUUAAAAAAAAGAUUUUUAAAUGGACCAAAGCACUUCUUGAAGAUGCUUAAUUUUCUAAACAAAGAAAUUGACCCUUCAACUGAAUGUUAUUGCAGUAUUGGUUUAAUGGAUUUGCUCAAUCAAAGCUAGCCGUGACAGUCAGGACGUUAACCAUGUACAUACAGCCGUUUACUCGCCCAGCCUGUCGCAAUGUAUUUGCUUGACAUUAAUUCCACAUAUGAAGGACAUAAAACAUACCAUUAGCAAAGUACAGUAUGUAAUCAGAAGACAUAUAAUACCAGGGAAAGAAAAUGAUGGUGAUGAUCUAUCACAUAUCGCUCUUUCAGUAGCCUACAGGAGUAUUCUGCUCGAUUUAAAUUAUUUCCUCAGUAGAUUAGGUACAAAAAAAAAAAAAUGAUGCAAAAGAAUGACCUUAACA